AUGAUGAAUGCUCUGCAGAUGUAUCCUGUUCCAGAUAGCUGGGAUAAUCCCACAGUAAACGAUACAAAUGAUGAUCGCCCAAAGAAACGCCGCAAAUACAUCGCCAAAGCCUGCAAUGGAUGUAAACGUCGCAAAAUCAAAUGCAAUGGCCAGUCACCCUGUCAGCGGUGCGGACGACAGCAUAUUGAGUGCAUUUACGUCGAGAAUUCUCGAGACAGUCCCGCCGAACAAGACAACUUCAAGCGGCUUUUUGACCAAAUGAGGGCAAUGCAGGACCAGAUUGCCCAGCUCUCUGCUAGCAUUCGGUCAAUGGCCAGCAGCGAACAUUCUCCUGGAGGUGCUUCCACUACCGGCACUUGUGGACAGGUCCCUGCCCAACGUUCACCGAGGCGCCCGUCAACAGCUAGAGAGACGUCAUUCCAAGGCCCCACGACGUCCGCCUUUAGCUUCGACCUCGCGAAAUCCAGUCUGCAGCAACGGGGGAUUGUGGAACGUGCCGAAGCUGGCGACGAGGGCGAUAUGACCCAAGAACCUUCACCGCUGGCAUCGCCGUCGGCUCCAAAUGAGAAAAUUGAAACGCACCAGACCCUCGAUCCACUUUGGAUUCUACCCAAAGCCGAGGCACUUCGCCUUUGCCAAGUCUAUGAGGAGGAAAUGGGCAUUAUGUACCCAGUUCUAGAGCUUACCGAGAUUUUGGACCAGGUUCAUCUUCUCUAUGGCCCACUGGACCGCGCCCUUGGUCCGGCCCGCCGGCCCGAUGGACACAAUGGACUACCUCGCGAAGACGUCCACAUUCUACGUGUAGUGUUUGCGUGUGCAUUGACAGCCGAAGCCAGUGGUCGGAGUGAACAGGCUAUUGCUCUUUUUGACAGUGUACGAGAGGUUCAGGACAAUUGUGUCUGGGGUCCGCCCAGAAUCAAGAACAUCAUAUUUUUGACUCUCGUGUCAAUGUUCUAUUUUCAAAUGGACGAGGAAAUUUUGGCGUGGCGUACCGUUGGUAUUGUUGAGCGCAUGUGCCUCGAAAAAGGUCUUCAUCGACGGGAAACCCUGAGUCAACCGGCCAUCUUAGCUGUGGGGAAGGAUCGCGUUCUGCGACUCUUCUGGUCUAUAUACAUUCUGGAUAUGCGCUGGAGCUUUGGGACUGGCAUGCCAUUUGCCCUGGAAGAUACGGAUAUUGAUCCUUGCCUGCCAGAGCCUGCCGAAAAUACACCCUAUCUGCGCGCGAUGAUUCAGUACAGCCGGAUCGCAGCGAGGGUAUGGAAGUUUAUAUCAGCAUUUAACAACACGAAUGAAAUCAAAAAGGAGGAGAUGAACUAUUUGGAUUGGCAGGUACUGCGUUGGGUGCAUGCCAUUCCAAACUCGUUGCGGCUCGAUCAUCCGAGUUCUGCAGAGUCUGAGACUGCCACGGAAGGCUCACGGAGCCUGCGCAGACUGCGUGCCUUACUUUAUCUUCGUGCCAAUCAGCUGCGUAUGCUCAUUCACCGUCCCGUUCUUCAUACUUCAGCACAUGUCAUGCGAUAUCCCGGCGAGUCCGAGAUCGUGGUGGAAAUUGCCAAAGAUACAAUUCGCUUCAUUACCCGCUUGAACGAUACAUCAGACAUCUACCAUUUACAGCAGGUGGCAUUUAAUUGGUUUCUCGUCUCGGCCCUUGCGGCUUUGUUCCUGGCAGUAGCCCAGGCUCCGACACAAUUCAGUGGGUCAUGUAAGGAUGAGUUUUACCGGGCUCUGGAGCUAGUCAAAGGAGUAUCAUCCCAGUCUUAUAUCUCUCGCCGAUUAUGGAAAUCUAUUCGAAGCCUCCGCAAGCUUAGUCCUCAAUUGGGCCUCGGGGUCCAGAAACAGCGCCUGGAUACCGAAGCGGGAGAUGAAGGCGAACCUUUGAAGGUCCACGGCUCUCCCGCAUUGCCCCACUCUGCCAGCACCCAGAGUCGGACACCGCAGGACGGGGAACAAAUGACACAGGAGUUGAUGGAGUGGUUUGAAGCCGUGGGAAACCUGGAGGAUCAAAUCAUGGGGAUGGGAACGGGCCCUAUGGCAGAUGGAGGACCUUACCAGCAGAUGCCCAACGGGGGGGUUUGUAUUUGA